GCCACCAGCAUGAAUGUCAUCAACCAGACCUUUGGGCCCCCUCCUCAUCUGCUGAACCACCGUCUCUCGCCCUCCCGCACCAUUUCCUCGCACUCGGUCAUGUCUGGCCGCAAGCGCAAAGCCGACGAUGAUGGAAGCGGCGGCGACGACGACCGAAUGUCGGCAUCCCCCUCUGGCUCGCCAGCCGUGCAGAACCGGCUCCUCCCGCGCCACCCGAUGAAGCGGCUGCGGACGAACAUCUCAGGCCGACCGUUGCCCCUACCGCGCCUCCUGGAGACUCUCAGCGCCGAUGAGAUGCGCACCGUGCUGCAGUCUCUUUGCGAACGCCACUCCGGCAUUGGCAACGAGGUCGUCACCACGGCACCGCGGCCGAGCGUGCAGUCGACGCUGGAGGUGCUGGCUAAAUACGAGUCGACCUUCCAGUCAGCGUUUCCUUUCGGCGGCCGGGCGUCAUCAGACUAUGCCUACAACCGUGUCCGGCAGCACCUCAUCGAGCUUCUCGAUGCCUUGAAAGACUUCACCCCUCAUUUCCUGCCCCCCAACGAAUCCCAGCCCGCCACAUCGCUCGCCUUCCUGGACGGCGCCACCGAAUUCAUCCAUCGGCUUCCCGAUUGGGACACCUACCAACACAACCGGCAUAAGCAGGAGGCCUAUGAAGAGAUGGCAAAGGCAUGGUCAGCUGUGAUUCGAGAGGCAGCUAAGAAGGCUGGAGGCAUACAAUUACAAUAUGGCGGAUGGGACCAGAAGAUUGCGAAGCAUAACGAAGCAUCGGGCGGCCGCAUGCAAGAGGCGGUCAACGAGCUACGUGGAAGCCUAGGCUGGAUGGACAGCGACGCGCCGCAUCCCCCCGUAGGCGGCCCCGCUGGCAAUAUGUCGAUUCGAGACCAGCUCUUGAGCGGUAGCUAUGGCAUGGGCGCCUCCGCUCGCGUCGGGGCUUGGUAAUGGCUGAUGCUUCUGAUAUGUUCGGAGCGGCUUUUUGAAUACCCGGGCCGGGAGCGAGAAGAGGCUUCUUCGUCGAUUGGAUGCAUGUCUUUCCUGGGAUACAGCGAUAUCCUGCAGCGUGGAUUUUUCUCGCACGACGUCGAAGCACAGUCGGAUCCGAGUAUCGGAAACGGAAGCAGCACAUGAGACGGCUCGGCCUUGGGUGGCAGCAUGGACGAGGUCUUCACGAUAACGACUUGGCUUUUACUGCAUAGCGUGCUUACCGGCUUUCGCACACACGGGCAUUGGCGGUUUGGGUCCUUUUGCUGGAGUUCAUGGUCAAAUCUCUCUGUUCUGGGAUGAUGGACUGCAAUUCCUCGCCAUGUUGGCGUAAUAUCUUCAUUUUUAAACGCCUGGCGGCGAGGCGUAAGCUUUCAUAGAUACCUAGCAUAGUUUUUCGGGGGGUAAUCCUCCCGCUGUGAAUAGAUCUCUGUUUCUUGG